UACCAAUUUGCUUGCGGAUCCAGCAAGUGUUUACUUCCUACAUCCAGGUGAUAAUCCUGGAGUUUCUAUUGUCCCAAUUGUGCUGAAUGCUAAGAACUACAAUUCCUGGUCAAGAGCUAUGAAAUUAGCGCUGAAAUCAAAGAAUAAGAUAGGUUUUGUUGAUGGAACCAUUGUAAAACCAGAUAAAAAUGAUCCUGCAUAUGUAGCAUGGGAUAAAUGUAAUACUUAUGUUGUUUCUUGGUUAAAUCUAUCAUUGAGUGCUGAGAUUGCACAGAGUGUUGUUUGGAAUGAAACUGCUGUAGAUUUAUGGCUUGAUUUGAAGCACAUGUAUUAUCAUGGAGACAGAUACAGGGUUGCUGAAUUAGAAGAAGAGUUGUAUGCUAUGAAACAAGGGAAUCUAAGCAUAACAAAUUAUUUCACCAAGUUGAAGGCUAUUUGGGAAGAUAUUGACAGUUUCAAACCAGUUCCACAAUGCAAGGAGUGCUUUGAAAAAUGUGAUUGUGGCUUAGGAACU